GUGCGCACAACAGUCGGGGGCAGGGGCGGGCGCCAAGGCCGGCAUGGCGGCCCCGCGGCCCUGCACCGAUGGCCCGUGCUGCUCUCGUCCGGGUGGGGCGUCCGGCGUGCAGCAGACGCUGCAGGAGAUGGACUUCGACAGAGGAAUCUGGUCAGCAGCCCUGAAUGGAGACCUAGGUCGAGUGAAAUAUUUAAUCCAGAAGGCGACAGACCCUAGCCAGCCUGACUCGGCUGGCUACACUGCUCUGCACUAUGCCAGCCGCAACGGGCACUAUGCCGUAUGCCAGUUCCUGCUGGAAAAUGGGGCUAAGUGUGAUGCCCAAACCCAUGGGGGCGCCACUGCUCUGCACCGGGCCAGCUACUGUGGGCACACUGAAAUCGCACGGCUCCUGCUGGCUCACGGGUCCAACCCCAGGUUGGUAGAUGACGAUGGCAUGACCAGUCUGCAUAAGGCUGCUGAGAAGGGUCAUAUGGACAUUUGCUCCCUCCUGUUGCAACACAGCCCAGCCCUGAAGGCCGUCCGGGAUCGGAAGGCACGACUGGCAUGUGACCUGCUGCCCUGCAACAGUGACCUAUGGGACCUGCUGGCCAGCUGAACUGCCACCCUUCUGCUGUCUCAGGCUGCCAUGCAAGGGUACAGAGACUCGCCCUCUCAGCCCCUGCCUUGGUCAGCAUCCUUGCUGCAGGGUAGGAAACUGAGGCCUGAAGAGCCCCAUCCUGGCCACUGUGGAAGCGAGGGAGUAGAUUUAGGGGGGCUGCGAGUGCUUAAGCCUGGACAGAUGAUCAUAUUCUAAAUUAGUUCAUGUGGAAACAUCUAUCCCUUUGGAAAAAAUAAAGUUGUAUCCUUACCUCA